CGUGUGGCCGCUGUCAGAGAACCGUCGACGCGAGGUGAAUCCGGUUGUGUCGUGUCGCGUAUUCCGCGUCCCCAAUCGCGUUUCACGCACGUACACGCACACACGCGACGAGCGGGUGCAUGCGCGAUAAAAGCGGCCGCGGUUCGCUCCGGGCUAGGAAUUUUGACAGCGCUCUCGCUCCCGUCUCUCGUCUCCCGACGCGACAAUCAUGGACGAGAGACGAAAUAAUCGCGAGGUGGUGACGGUGCUGUUCCUGUGCGUGUUGUGGUACGUGACAUCCAGCAGCAGCAACAUCGUCGGCAAAAUGCUGCUGUCCGUGUUCCCGUAUCCGAUCACGGUGACGAUGGUGCAACUAACCUCGAUCACCGUCUACUCCGGGCCGUUCUUCAACCUGUGGGGCGUUCGCAGGUACACGUCCAACAUCACAUGGAGCUAUUAUCUGCGGCUGAUCGUGCCCUUGGCGCUGGGCAAGUUCCUCGCGAGCGUGUUCAGCCACGUCAGCAUUUGGAAGGUGCCAGUCUCCUACGCUCAUACUGUGAAGGCUACAAUGCCCCUCUUCACGGUAAUCCUGUCGAGAAUUAUACUGCGGGAACAGCAGACGUGGAAGGUCUACCUGAGCCUGGUACCAAUAGUCGGCGGUGUCGCAAUCGCCACGCUCACGGAACUUAGUUUCAACAUGGUCGGCCUGAUAAGCGCGUUAUUGUCCACCAUGGCGUUCUCCUUGCAGAACAUCUACUCUAAGAAGGUGCUGCACGACACCGGGGUACAUCACCUGCGACUACUGCACAUACUCGGCCGUCUAGCUCUCUUCAUGUUCCUGCCGUUUUGGCUGCUGUACGACCUGCGCAGUUUAGUGUACGAUCCGGUGACGAAGACGUCCGUGGAGAUGAGCUAUCACACGGUAGGACUGUUAUUUUUAGACGGUAUACUGAACUGGCUGCAAAACAUAAUCGCGUUCUCCGUACUGUCCAUCGUGACACCUCUAACGUACGCGGUGGCCAGCGCGAGCAAACGCAUAUCCGUGAUCGCGGUGACGUUGUUCGUACUGGGCAAUCCGGUCACGUGGCUGAACAUGUUCGGCAUGACCAUGGCGAUACUCGGUGUGUUGUGCUACAAUAAGGCCAAGUAUGACCAGAGACUGAAGAAUCAGAGGAGCACAGUCUUGCCCAACUAUUACAAUUCGCUUCACAACGGCAACAACAACUCCUUCAUGGUAAACGGAUACGUCGACAAGAAACAUCAAUUAUACGCGGUCUAGUCUCAAUUGAUUGCUCUCCCGUCUCUGACAAGUUCACGUGAGUUCUCUCGUCGUCGAGAAGUCCAUUUUUUUUUUUCUUUCGCAAUUUGCGAAUCAGUUACGUUUUCGCGAGACAAGAUAUCGUGCGACUUUUGGUGACAUUUCAGUUGGCCAGGUACAAAGAAGAGGCUCAUAUGGACGAAACUAAUGACAUAUAUAUAUAGAGUUAUUUAUAUAUAUAUGUAUAUAUAUAUAUGUAUAUUUAAAAAUGCUGCUGAUAAGGGUGAUUUACAUUCUUCGAGUUCGGCGCGAGACUCGUCGUCACCACAGCUGAAUUCUGUAUUUUCGUAUCGAUGAGGUACUUUAUCGCACGCGAAGUGCUCGGUUUCAUUCGGCCGUGGAUUCAGUUCAAUCGCGAUCCUCGAAAACCGUACCUGCUGGUAAGGUGUGAUUCGAAAUUACGAUUUCUCAACGCAGCUGAUUGCUGGCCCAAUUAGCGUUAGUCGGUGAUCAGUAGCCAGUCGGUGAUAUGACUACAUUCCUCGAGACAUCGCGCUGAUUGUUGACGAGAAUGUACUGUAUUAAUUAUUUUUCACGCGCUCAAACUGUCUUCGCGUUUCCGACGCAUUGACGAUGUUCGUCGAUGUGAUACGACGUCGACCGUGUUGCGCGUACGCGAGGCACAUCAUACACCGUCUAAUGCCUGUCUUUCUACCAACUUUUGUUAACUCAGCCGUCUGGCUAUUCCAACGGAAUUGACCAAUCACAUUUGUCAGUAGACUAACGAGAAAUGCGAUUGAUCAAUUCCAUUAUACUGAGAAAAAAAUUACUAAAUUUCAAAAAACGUUUGUUUGGAUACAACUGUUAAAAAAAUUACUAAAUUUCAAAAAACGUUUGUUUGGAUACAACUGUUAAAAAAAUUAC